GCGACGCGUCAUUGGCUGCAGUGCCCGGUCUCUUCACCCAGUGGUUGGCGACGAACUCGGUUACUUUGAGCCUCUAGACACUCAAAUCCCUGAGCGCGUCUGGAGGCUCUCGAUGUCAAACUGAAGGAAACCGUAUCUCAGAAAGCACCCAAAGUCAUUUAGCCUCCUGAGCAACCAGGACACGGUCAAGGUCUCAGGGUUUUAGGUCGCUCACCUCGAUCGUCAUCUGGGUAUCACAGAGAAGAAUGUGUAUUGCGAGACAUGUGGUUUGUCUUCGGUAGAUUGCGUCGGACACAACGCGUACAUCAAACUCGCCAUGCCCGUCCUUCACAUUGGCUAUUUCAGGCAUACCAUCUCGAUCCUUCAAUGCAUAUGCAAGGCCUGCGCGCGCGUGCUGCUCGAGGAGCCCGACUGGCGGACGUACCUCAAGCGCUUUCGCCGACCGAAUCUCGAGAACAUCCAGUGGCAGGCGCUCUGCAAAGCCGUCAACGCGCGCGCGCGACAAUGUAUAGCCCAUACUGCUCGACGCGAACGGCACAGUGAAGAAGGUGGGCGCGCUCAAGAUCAUACGCGACAAGUUCCGCGUGAAGAAGACCACGAAAGAGAUGGAGAAGUGUAAGAUGACGCUCGCGCCGGCGGUCGAAGUGCAGAAGGAGCUGGGCAUGUACUCUUAUAAUUUUUCAGGCCGGACACUGUGGUAGCAGUCCGUGCCCAUUUCAGUUCCCCAGUGACCUCGUUAGAGUGCGUAUGAGUUGUGUAAACAGCUGGGGAACUGACUACCUAGGUACCGCUUCUGACGUGUUUCACCACCGCAAAACCUUUGUGCUCGGCACGCCAGGUGGUGCAUGAAGACUUGAAUGCCGAGUCUGUUC